CCAAAAAAAAAAAAAGAGGCAUGUUGGCAUCAAGUUGACGAAUUCAUGUCAUCGUCUCACCGAUUCUGAUUCUUCCCUAGCCCAGCCUAGCUUCGCCGCUCCUCUCCUCUUCUUCUGAAAUCCGUUUCCAUUCAAAAAUCAAAUAUCAAUCAUUUCGUCUGAAUCGAAAUUCCUCCUCUUUUUUCCGACCUGAUUUCUCUUUUGCCAAUUUCUAAUCUUGUUUUAAUUAUAUAUGAUUCUUUUUUAAACAAAUCUGAGAUCUUUUCCUGGGUUUUUCACAUCUGAUCUUAAAGAUUGCAUUUUUAUUUUUUCGAAUCACAUAAUUCCCAACCCCUUUUCGAUCUGUAAGUUUUGUAUGCAUCAUCAUCAUCAUCAUCAUCUACAAAUAUGGUCAAAAGCAGAGUAGACAAGGAAGAUGCAGAGAAGCACAUGGGUUUGCUCAAGCUCGUGCAAAUUCUCUCCUUCUUGGUGGUUUUCGUGGCGGGUGUAAUAAUUGGGUUAGCCACCAGCUCUCAUAUAAGCCGCUAUUUCACUUCUCAGGCUCAGUUGUUUUCCACUAGUGUCAUGUCUGGCAUCAAGGGUAACUGUACUAGUGUUGUUGAGCCUUGUGACAGUGUUGGUUGCUUCAGCAUCAAGUCCUUUGUCACUCCAACCAAUCUAAUCCACCCAAUGUCUGAUAAUCAGCUCUUCUGGAGAGCUUCCAUGGUGCCUUACAAAGGCGAGUACCCCUUUUUGAGGGUGCCUAAAGUCGCCUUCAUGUUUUUGACUCGAGGGCCUUUGCCUAUGCUGCCUUUGUGGGAGAAGUUUUUUAAGGGUCAUACCCAGUAUUUCUCCAUUUAUGUCCAUGCUCCUCCUGGCUAUGAGUUCCAUGUGUCUACUGAUUCUCCUUUCUACGCCAGGCAGAUCCCUAGUCAGAACGUUGAAUGGGGAACUGUAUUACUGGCUGAUGCAGAAAGGCGCCUUCUAGCCAAUGCACUGCUGGACUUCUCAAAUGAACGAUUUGUUCUUCUCUCUGAGAGCUGUAUUCCAGUCUAUAACUUCCCAAUUGUCUACAAGUAUCUCAUUGGUUCUGCCUACAGUUUUGUUGACUCAUAUGAUGAUCCUACCCGAUAUGGUCGUGGCCGCUUUAACCGCAAGAUGCUUCCAGACAUAAAGCUUUAUCAAUGGCGGAAAGGUUCACAAUGGUUUGAAAUGCAGCGUACUGUUGCUAUUUACAUGGUUUCAGACACCAAGUACUACAACCUUUUCAGGAAGUUUUGUAGGCCAGCUUGCUAUCCUGAUGAGCAUUACAUUCCAACUUUCCUGAAUAUGUUCCAUGGAUCAUUAAGUGCAAAUCGGACGGUGACGUGGGUUGACUGGUCAGUGGGUGGCCCUCAUCCGGCCAGGUAUGAUGAAGCUGACAUCACAGAAGAUUUUAUACAAUCCAUAAGGAAUAAUGGGACGCAGUGUACAUAUAAUGACGAACCAACAUCUGUGUGUUAUCUCUUUGCUCGGAAGUUUGCUCCUAGUGCACUGGAACCAUUACUUAACCUUAGCUCAAAAGUGAUGGAAUUUUGAGAGAUUGAUUAAUCAGAAGUUUUGAUGUUGUUUUUCCCAUGGGAUAUAGUUUUUAGAUCUUU